ACGGACAUCUAGUGGCAGUUUUUGGAAACGCAGGCACCUCUGUUAAGCCCUUAUUCAUAUUGGUUUCGGUUCUUUAAUUGAGUUCAGAUAAAUUUCGACAGGCCGUCUGAAUUGGAUUAGAUUAGAAUAAACAUUUACUAAAACAAAUGAGUCAAUUGUGAAUAUUAAUUUCAAGUUUAUCUUUGAAGCCUUUGUUUAAAUUUGUGUUUGCAGAGUCAGUUAGCCUCCAGGGACAUGGUUUGUGUCAUGGUUGUCCCUAGCAACUCAUGAUGCUUUGCGCCUUCCGCAGUAGUACAGAGCGAGUGUCAGGUGUAAAGUCAAGCACCAGUGUCGUGCAGUAAAUAACACUGGAAUAUGCCUCCAGCAUCAAGAGCACACGAGAUGACACCUAAUGCAGACAUAGGUUUGGGCUUAACUUUAGUUUUAGGAGCCGACUAUGAAAAGAAGAAGCAGAAACUUUUGCAAGAGUUGCAGCUGGACUACAAAGAUCAUGUUGCCAAGGAAAGACUGAGAGAAGAGAGGAAAAAAGAGUAUAACUUCUUCCUUCAGGGGCAAUCUCAAACUAGGACGUUAAAGAGGGGAACAACUCCUGUUACAACUAAGCCUGAACUUGUACAGUCACAUGCUGUGAACGUAACUUCACAAGGCCCUCCUUUAGCCUUACUCAGUACUCACACAAACAUAUCACCUCCUCACACUGAGCACCUUGCAUCCAAGAGGGAUGUGGCCACUAUGACUGAGGUUGCAGAUAAAGGAAGAAGCAGAAGGACUUGGAAUCAAAGCUCUCAGAGGCAAAGGAGAUGGAAAAUCCAUAUGCCAAAAAAGCCUCACAGCUCUGAGGAGAUGGACACAGAUGAGGAGGAAGAUUUUGAUUUCAGACACAGGAGGAGGCAAGACAGACGCUCUGAAAAGCCCAAGAACAAAGAAGAGAAGAAAUCCCGAGAACGCAGAAUGAACAGAGCUUUCCAGGACAUAACAGAGAUGCCCCUUAAAAGAGAGGCCCCUGUUGUUCAUGAUCAGAUCCACAGUAACAGUAUCUGGAAGUCAAAUAAACAAAUGGCAGAGAACAAGAGGACGACUGUGAGAACUGAGUUUGCAACUGGACUCUUGAUUGGAGCAAUAGAAGAUCAAACAGUCACUCAGAUGAGAAAAGAACAGUAUAAGCAAGAGUUGCUGAGACAAAUUGCUGAACAACAGAAGAAUAAAAUGAAGGAGAAGAAACUAGAGCUGAUGGUUGGUGUUACUGGAAUCACAGACCAUGAGAAAGAGUCUGACCGAACAAAACAGCCUAGGACUGCAUAUCAGCAGUGUGACAGCUUGAGACGGUUUCAAGUAGAUCUGGAGGCUGUUGUUAAGGAUUCAAAUCCAGGGCUUAAAGAUAAAAAACCCCUUCUGAACACAGAGCAGAGAGCUCCCCUGAGGAAGUCCCAGAUGGACUUCAGCACAGCGCUCACUCAUCUGCCAAGAAAAACAGUGGAUGAAUCUGGGAUGGUAUCAUUGCCAGGUGUCCCACCACUGGACUACCUCAGUGAGGACUACCACAGGAACUUCACACGCUUGCUUGGAGAGGUGGCCCUCCCAAGGCUUGCCGGUGUUGCUCCACCUCUUCCUCCCAUUGUUCCCAACACUUACAAGACUCCAUAUGAUGCAGCCAGGAAUCCAUUAGACCCAGAGCCUCAAAAUCAGAAAGCUCUCCCUGGGGAAGUGCAGCAAUCUGAACAUUUUGAGAUUCCUCCACAACAGCCACUUCCUCUUAGAGCCAAUAGCCAAGACAAAGCAUCCUCUUCAUCUGUGGAGGGACUUUGUGUGGACAAGUCCAAGUCGAGGAGUCAACUGAGCUACCAGGAGGCACUAAAACAGCAGAUCAAAGAAAGAGAUAUGCAUAAAAAAAGAGAAAAAGAGGAGGAGGAGCAACUUGAAAUGAAACUGAAGGCUGAGAUGAUGACAUACAAUCCCUGGGGGAGAAGUGGAGGAGGGGCUCCGAUAAGAAAUCAAAAUGGAAAUCUUGUUAGUGACCUGAAUCAAAUGCACAGGAUCAAUAAUAAUAAUAACAUGUCCACUCUAGAAGUCACAGCUGGGUCUCCCAUCUGUUGUGAUGAUCAGUCACCUUCACAACAGCUCCUCGCACAGCUAAGGUACAAAGAAGACCUGAAACAACAAAUGGAGGAAAACGCGAGAAAACGGGCAGAGGAGCAAGAACGUAUCAGGAUUAAAGAGGAGAAAGAGGAAAAGAGGCUGGCGGAGGAGAGGGCUCGCAUACAACAAGAGUAUGAGGAGGAGCUGCAGAAACAAAAAAGAAUGAUGAACAAAUUUCAGAUCCAAGAACCCAAAACACAUCUCACAGCGAAGGCCAAGUUCGUAAAGCAAAACAAAGAUAUGCUGCCUCAGAGUGCCAGGACCAGAGGCGAAAAAAGCUCACAGUUGGUUUAUGAGAGAGCGCCAUCUCCUCCCAUCCCAAGUCUACAGAAAAAACAGAAAAAUCUUGUGACAUCAAGGCCUUCUUCUGUUGUGAGCCAGCUAUCUUGUACUGAGCACUCAGUGUCAGCACCACACAGCCAACCACUUCCUACACGAUUGCCACCAUUAAACAAGGGUCAGCAGGAAGUGAUCAAAGAAUUGUCAACCCUCCGUAGAUAUCUAAGAAAAGAGCAGAGAAAACUGGCGCUUCAACGGGGAUUGAGAAAUCCAGGGGAGACUUAUCCUUCUCCCCCUAACAGUCGACAACCUAGAGUGGAUGCCUUUGGAUCUGCAAAAAAGAAAGCUGUUCAGUCUUCAGCUAGGAGUCUGUACCCUGCUGCACAUUUUGAUAAGCAAAACAUAAGGGACUUCAACCAGCUUGAGUACAGAGAUGCCAACUGUGUUGAUGCAUGUGAAGAGUGGAUUUACCAGCAGGGAUCCCCUCAGUCCACAAGGAAGCAUCAAGAGAGGAUAGCGUCACUGAUGAGACUUACCUGUGAAGAGGUACACAAUUGUGAGGAUCAGAGACAAUUAGUCUCUGAUGUAACUGAAAGUCAUGACCCAUAAUCAGCACCACAGCACGAGACCAGACUCAGACUGUGGUGAUCACAACAGCAGCUCAGGAGAGAGUAAACCGUUCACCGUUAGCUGUCUGCAUUUUUACCUCAGUGCUAAUAAAAACUAAGAUACAAGUCAGUCUGGCAGAUAAAGCGAUAGUCGUUUUGUCCCAACGAAGAAUUUGUACUCUUGUAGUUUCUUUUCGUUCCUUUAAAUUUCAUAUACAUCACUCAGAUUAAAAGAUUAAAUUAGCUACAUGCCAUAUUUUAGUUUGCUUUACUGUUUUUGACAUAUUUCUGCAGGAUGUGCAUAAUUAUCUUUACAUUCUCCCCAGCUUUUCAACAAAGCAUUGCCUUAAAAAAACAUUUUUAACAUGUGGAAAUGAUAGACCAAAAGCUGCUUAAUCCAAAUGUGAAGCAUGUUUUAUCGCCUUAAGAAAUAUGUGACAGAUAAGCCUCUGUACUUUUCAGAAAGGGCUAUCUGGUGAUAAAUUGGAUUCCUUGUUUCUGUGCAUCUCCGUGGAGACUGUCGCCACAGAGCCCUGGCUCGAGCCCAGAACAUCAGAUACUGUAAAACGCUUGAACUGGAAAGAAGCCAAACAGCAGGAUGGAGACUCCACCCCUAAUGAUACACCAUGUCACAUACAGUAGCUCCCGUGAGCUGGUCUUGAAUGGUUACAGCUUGAAAUCUGCAUCUUACAGCAUC